CGAGCUGCGCGGCGGGGAGGUCGGUGUUGAAGGGGAGGACUACGCAUGCCGUGGUCGCUCUCGACCCCUCUCCUCCUUGGGGCGGCACUGAGGACUAGCCCCUUGGCCUCUCCUCCCUAACCGCGCGGCGGCAGAUUAGCGAGCCGGGGUCUGCGUCGGCUAUGCUGGGCUGAGGAUCCCCUCCGCCGCCCAAGUCUCCCCGCGGGUUCGCGUAGGCAAGGGGGCUGACCCCUCCCCCAGGGCUUCAGGGCACGAUGGCUUUCCGAGGUGGAGCCGCCGCUCCGUGACCACCCCCCGGCUGCCCCCCCACCUGGCCAGCGUGAGACCCGGCUGCGACAUGGCGAUGGCCCCCGCCAGGUGCCCCAGGGACCUGCCAUGGAGGAUUCCUGCCCCACGGGCUCUGUAGGCUUUUCCUGCCAAAGCAUGGGCCGGGACAGCCAGGGCAGAGGCUCCUGCUCCCUGGAGAGCGAAGGGGCUGCGGUCGGGGGCCUCCUGCUGCUGGCGCUGACUGGGCAUCGGGAGCCAAAGCGUCGGAGGCCAGAACAGGGCGAAGCGGAGGAGGAAGGAACCACCAAGCGCCACCGAGCAGAGCCGGGGAGUCGGCGUGUGCCCACCAGCCGGCUGGCGCUGGCCUACGUGGUACCUUGUAUGGACUUCUAUGGGAUCUGUGUCAAGGACUCGUUCCUCGGGGAGGCUCUGGGCACCCAAAUCUUGGUGGAGGUGGAGGCCCUCAACCGCAGCGGCAAGUUCCGCGAUGGGCAGCUGGUGAGCCAGAGGACGGUUCCCUCCUGCAGCAUUCGGGGAGACCAGAUUGCUUGGGUGGAGGGGCGAGAGCCAGGCUGCCAAGCCAUUGGCACUCUCAUGGCACGUGUAGAUGAGCUCAUUUUGCAGUGUGCCGGGAAGCUGGGGGGCUACGACAUCAACGGCAGGACCAAGGCCAUGGUGGCAUGUUACCCUGGCAACGGCAUGGGUUACGUGCGGCAUGUGGACAACCCUCACGGAGAUGGGCGAUGCGUCACGUGCAUAUAUUACCUAAACCGGCAGUGGGAUAGUAAGAUUCACGGCGGCAUCCUGCAGAUCUACCCAGAGGGCCGGCCGGUCGUUGCAAGCAUUGAACCGAUUUUUGACCGGCUGCUCAUCUUCUGGUCUGACCGGCGCAACCCGCAUGAAGUGAAACCAGCCUAUGCCACAAGGUAUGCCAUCACAGUCUGGUAUUUUGAUGCGAAGGAGCGGGCGGAAGCCAAAGGGAGGCACCAGCUAGCAUCGGCUCAGAGGGGAGGCCCCUCUCAUGGGACUCAGGCAAACAGCCCGACUUGACAGGCGGCUGGAUGGCACUGUGGAGUCCCGACAGCCCAAGGCCUUCCCUCUCUUUGGCCAUUUCAAGCUGCCUGUUGCUGCUGCCUGCGCCUGCUGCUGCCUGCGCCUGCUGCUGUCCCCAACCCUGGCCGGCUGCAGCUGGAGGGUCUCUGGUCAGAGCCCAGCAGGAGGAAGAGGAGGUUGUCAAGAGAGAGCUGGACCCCAAGAAGGGAGAGUGCGCGCGCGUGUGUGUGUGUUGUGUGAGGAUGGACAAGGGGGUCCGUAGGAGCAGCGGCCGUGUGAGGGUCCUUUUGCGUUUUCUCUGCAGAGUGGGAAGGGAAGCCCCGGCGUGUAAGGGGCACCCUCCACCCCAGGGACUCUUCUGUCCCCACCCCACCCCCUGCGUCACUGCGAUUGCUUGGUCCUGCUCAUUUUAAUCCAUCUGUGAAUGGAGAGAGAGAGAGCAGGAACCGAGGGAGCGAAAAAGACCAGAGCAAAAAGAGACAGGAAGAAGCGACAGAGCGAAUCUUUGCAUGAACUCUGAGAUGGGAUGGAAUAAACAUUACCUCAUGAAAAUGG